AUGGCGCAGUGUCCCGUCCUGGUGCAAAACACAGGACAAGGGCAUCAACUUAGAGCCGCGAAGUCGUCAAAGGUCAAUGCUGUUCCGUGGACGCAGAAGCAGCUUCCAGCCUCCUUAACCUUGGCAGCUCACGAAAAUGGUGCCGCUUUUAAGAGUGCCCAACUGUGCCUGUUCGCGAUUCACCCUCUGCUCAUGUACUUCGCAACUCUUGUGGGUUUUCAUCGCACAUUCAGUGGCAUGAGCUCCUCAGUUGCUCCCACCACUGCACGGCAGCCAUCAGCUACUCAUGCCUGCGCCCGAUGUUCCGAACGGAAGGUCAAAUGCGACAGGAAACACCCUUGUACGGCUUGUCUGAGGUUCGGCUUUGAUUGUGUCUAUCGGCCGCUAGGUCCUCGUAAGACAAGGAAACAGUCCACCCCUCACAGCAACUUGAUUAAACGCCUUGAGAGAUAUGAAUUUUUGCUCCAGGAACAUGGAAUUAACGCUGAUACAAAUGCUGGAGUGUCAACAGCCCCUGGCGAAGAGGAUGCACCGGAGGAUGGCUGCCAAUCUUCGGCAGUAAGGGCGUCCUCCACGGCGAUUCCUGUUCCAGAAAUCGUUUCUGAACCCGAGCAUGUUCAUCCCUCUUCGCGACUAGCCUACACUGCUGGGGAUUUGACGUAUCUGGAGAGGGCAAGCGCAAGUCUUGAAAACGAGUCUGAUCAGGAAAGCGACAAUGAGAACAGCGAUAAUUACAGUUCUGAUUUCUUGUCAGAUUUGUCGGGGGCAACCGGCAGCGUCAACAUAACACAUCCACCGAAGGCACAUGUCCUCUUGCUGUGGCAAAUCUUCAAAGACAAUGUUGACCCGGUGGUGAAGAUCAUCCAUGCGCCAUCCGUGGAGGUAUCAAUCCAAAAGGCAUUGGCCGAUCCAGACCGGAUAGCACGGAGUUUCGAGGCCUUGAUGUUCGCUGUCUACUGUCUAUCAGUUUUCACGUUGCACAACGAAGACUGUGAGCAGAAGUUUGGCGAGACACGACAAAUAUUACUGGCGAGAUACAAAGCAGCAACCAGAAUGGCCCUCGUACGUGCCAAAGUCUUGCGCACUACGAAUGUUGUUGUCCUCCAGGCUUUCAUCUUCCAUCUUUUCUCAAUCCGAGACACAUGUCAUCCACGCACCUUGUGUACUCUUACGGCAGUGGCGAUAAGACUAGCUGAAGGCAUGGGUUUGCACCGCGAUGGACGAGUCCUUGGAUUGCCUCCUUUUGAAGUAGAACUCCGGCGCCGAAUCUGGUGGCAAUUGAGUUGGUUCGACUCACGAACCUCGGAGCUCAUUGGCGCGAAGAAAUUUCAAAACACUGCGCUCAACAGGGGAAGUCCUCUUCUUCCAUCGAAUAUAACCGACGAUGCUCUCUUCCCAGGCAUCAAGGAAACUCCAAAAACUGCCAGUCGUAUGACCACGUUGGUACUGUGUGCAAUACGCUGGGAAGUCGCGGGAUUUUGGACCAAGUAUGUUAGUAGGAGACGCCAACAGGGACUGGAAGAUGGCUUCUGGAGCAACGACCCUGAGCCAGACAGCAUGAAGGCUAGGGAUGACAUUAUCGAUGAACUCGAAGCGAUACUAGAGACCAAAUACCUCCGAUACUGUGAUCCCUCAGAGCCAGUCCAACUGAUGGCUAUGAUGUUCGCCCGGUCACACAUUUUUACCAUGCGGUUUCUUUCGCACCAUCCUCGGAGAUGGGGUUCCUCCAAGGUUCCUGAAUCGGAGAGUAACUUUGUUUGGAAGUUAUCUACCAAGCUCCUCGAUGGACAUAUACAGCUGUAUACGAGCCCCCAGCUUCGCGGCUAUACCUGGCAGUCAUCGUUUUAUUUUCCGUGGGAAGCACUGGUCCAUGUUCUUGACACGCUACGUGCUAAUCCCCUCUCUCCGGAAAGUGACAGGGCUUGGCGGUUAGUCGGUGAAACCUACAACUGGAAUCCUGACUUUGUUAACAGCAAGAUGAGACUACGCGUGGCGAUAGGCGAUCUCUGCCUAGGAGCAUACAAAGCUCGCGACGUCGCGUUGGAUAAGCAGGGAUUGCCACUGCCACCCCCACCAUCCUACAUCCUCAACUUCCGUCAGCAAAGGGAGAAACAAAAACUUCGAAACCAGGAACAAGUGAACAAAACCUCGAGUGUCGACCUUAGCCUGACACGGACUAUCCACGCGUUCAGUCCAGUCGAUUCUCGCCAAAGGUAUCCGCGACUGGCGAGCAUGGGUGACACUGGCGGCUUACGGCAAGGUCACGCAGAUUCCGACCGUCCUGCGUCUGCUUUAUUUCGUUCUGUCGAUGUCGAGCAGACAGAAUUGUCUUUGGACGACAACGUAUCGCGGAGCGAUGUCCAAUCGCAAGGGUUUCAUUCGGGGCUCACCGAUACCUCUAGUUCUAAUCUCGACUUGUUACUUGAUCAAGACUACAACGGGGAGAGCUGGAUGAACGCGACGUUAGAUUGGAUUCAAUGGGACCGUCUCUUUGGGACUGCUGACAUGUUUGGCGGAUAA